AUGUUUGCAGCCGGAGCCCAGCAAGCGGCAGCAAACACUCAAUCACUUCUCGAAAUGCUCCAACACUCCCAGGUAUCCAACCUGCCAGCCUAUGGCGCCAAGGUUGCAGCCGCAAUUCUUGGUAGUGAAGAUUUCACGCAGGUGUGGUACACUGAUCUGAUCACGGAGCUAUCGGGUUCGGUCUAUGAGACAGGCACUGUAUUCAGCAUUGAUCCAAAGUGGCAUGUUGAUAGCCCGAGAGGACCCUUAACACUGAGUCUGACAAGGACAACCAGGUGCUCCGGGGACAUGGAAUUAUCUUACUCAACAGCGGGGGAUGUUUGGCUUCUUAGGACUACCGUCGGUAAUUGUGGACAAACUUCGAGGUAA